UUCAUUCUCUUGACCUGAGACUAUAUUUCGAAAACAAAUGGACUAUUUCAUCCUUCAAACCUUUUUUAUUUCCCUCGUAGCCCUUUACGUCAUCUCUUACCUGCGGAAAUGGCUUGCAAGCUCACGGUCAACGACAUUAACCCCACCGUCACCGCAAAGUCUCCCUAUAAUCGGUCACCUUCACCUCCUCACAGACAUGCCACAUCACACCUUCUCCAAACUCGCCCAGAAACUCGGUCCAAUAAUCUACCUCCGACUCGGCCAGGUUCCCACCAUCGUCGUCUCCUCACCGGAACUCGCUCGACUUGUCCUCAAGACUCACGAUCAGGUCUUCUCGAACCGUCCUCGGCUCGUCUCCGCUCAGUACCUAUCCUUCAACUGCUCUGACGUCACGUUCUCUCCUUACGGCCCGUAUUGGCGCCAAGCUAGAAAAGUCUGCGUCACCGAGCUACUCAGCUCGAAGCGAGUCAGCUCGUUCGAACUCGUCCGAGAUCAAGAAGUGAACCGGUUACUAAAGACGUUGUCGACCAAAUCAGGAUCGGAAGUGAACGUGAGCGAGCUUUUCUUCUCGUUAGCGAACGACAUACUUUGUCGGGUGGCGUUUGGGAGGCGGUUCACGGAAGGUGUAGGGUCGUCGGAUGAGGGGGAAAAGCGACAUCUGGCGGCGGUGUUGACGGAGACGCAGGAGCUGUUCGCGGGGAUGAGCGUGGGGGAUUUUUUCCCCGAGUGGGAGUGGGUUCAGUCGGUGAGUGGGUACAGGAGGAGAUUGACGAAGAAUCUGGAGGAGUUGAGGAGAGUUUGUGAUGAGAUAAUAGAGGAGCAUUUGAGAUGGGGAGGGGAUAAAGAGGAUUUUGUUGAUGUUUUACUGAGAGUGCAGAAACAAGAUAACUUGGACGUACCGAUCACGGAUGAUAAUCUCAAGGCUCUUGUUCUGGACAUGUUUGUUGCAGGAACUGAUACAACAGCAGCAACCUUAGAAUGGACGAUGACAGAGUUAGCCAAGCACCCUGAACUAAUGAGGCAAGCGCAACAAGAGGUCCGAUCCGCCGCCCAUCAAACCGGAAAAGUCGAGGAGAAUCAUCUUCUAAACCUUCACUUCAUCAGAUCUGCAAUCAAAGAGACGAUGAGACUUCAUCCGUCGGUACCUUUGUUGGUUCCACGAGAAUCCAUGGAUGAAUGCAUCCUCAAUGGCUACAAAAUACCCGCCAAAACUCGGAUUCUUAUCAACACCUACGCUAUAGGAAGAGAUCCCCAUUCAUGGGACCAUCCCCUGCAAUAUAAUCCCAAACGAUUUGAGGAUCCGGACGUCGGUGCCAAGGAUCAAGAUUUUCGAUUCCUACCAUUCGGAGGUGGGAGACGAGGUUGCCCCGGUUACACUUUUGGUCUCGCUACUGUCGAGAUUGCACUUGCUCGGCUCUUGUUUCAUUUUGAUUGGGAAUUGCCUAGCGGAUUUAGCACUGACGAUGUCGGCGUUGAUGAGAUUUUCGGUCUCGCUACAAGGAAACUAACUCCUCUAAUACUCGUCCCGACAGUGAAGGAAGAACUAUGAGGUAAAUUUGGACAAAACUUCGGCCAUCCUGUUAAACUGUUUCACUUU